CCAGUCACUGUGCCUUACAGCCUGCAAGGAAACUUUCACCACUUCCUAGGCGGCACGUCCGUCCAAGGAAACUCGAUCGUGCUGUUCUACGCCAGUUCUGCUUUCGGAAUAAUCAGAGCUACGACUUCUUUUUUCAAGCCCCCAGCAGCAGAAUCAACACCUGCCGUUGGAAACACCUUCGAUGUCUUCAUACUUUUGGUGAAAGGAUUGUCGCCGAUCAGCGGGAGCACCAAACAGCCCUGCGGCGGGGCUUCCUCGCCAAACAUGGGCUAUUUUCCUCGAGUCAGUACUGUUCUGGGCAUCUUGACGAGAUCCGAGAAAGCUGACCCAUUGCAGGUUGGGGGCUUCAAGCCACAGGACAAGAUCACGCGGGCAUCCGAUCCGACCGCUACGAGCAGUCUUCCAAGCCAAGCCCAAGAGCGAACUAGGCCAUUGCCCACAACCGGCCCGAAAUACAGCCAUGCGUCAUUUGCGGUGAAAUCUGAAGGCAGCCAAGGGAGUGUCACAGAGCUUGACUCCGAAAGCUUAGCCGGGGGUGGAGGAACUCGUCGUUCGUCACAAAAGCACGACAAGAAUGUUGCCGAAUAUCGUAAUAUUGAGAAACAGGCAGGAUUCAAGUCUGGUAACGGACGGAAGCGCAGACCAGCAAGACCUGUAGGAGAAGUUAUCGGCAAUUUCAAACGGAAAAGUCAUCUUAUAUCCCAGGGCCGGGCUGUCAAAGAACUGGUACAUGAUCAGAUAGACGAUGACGACGAGCUGGCCGGAGACGACGGCGAUAUCCGCCAAUUUCGACGCGCCAAGCGCAACUCUGGUCCAGUCGAUCUCACUAUGGACGACUCGCCCAAGCAAAACAAAUCACAACACAAACCGAUUGCACAAGCUUUUAUCGACUUUACUAUUGUCACUCAUGAUGAAACUCCUGGAAAACGACUGAGGAACGACGAGGAGGAUGAGUUGAACGAUGAAAAGGCGCAAAGAGAAACCAAAAAGGCUCGGCUACAACAAAAGAAUACCACCACUAAACCGAGCCAGGAUGUCGUUUCGAGGGCUGAUAUCAAGCCGACUAAAUUCAGCUCAUCCCAUGCUACCGACAACAAGCUGCCUUCACUCGGUCCCCUCAUCCUGCUGCAAGCGUUUCGCGGGCCGCAUUAUUUCUGCAAAGAUAAACAGGUCCUCAAGUUGGAGACCGGUGCCUCGGGGCCAGUGUUUCAUGCCUACCAACAAGACGGCACGGAAUGGUCGCCUCAUUCCGACUGGCUAGUAGUCAAUGUUGCGCAACUUAACAAGGUCGUUUGGAACACCCGCAGCUGUCAAAUUGCAUUGGAUCUCCGAGGAGGGACCAGUUCUGGCGGAAAAGCACUAACUCCGAGGCUUUUUCUUGAGUUCUCGGGCCAUGAUGACAUCGAAAGGCUUGUGAGCUGGUUAAAGGAUCACCGAGGGAGCAAAACUGACAUAAAGUUCGAGGAGAGUGACCUCGAUUCUCUCAAGAAAAUAUUUGACCACCAAUGUCAUGAAAUCCAAGCCGCAAUAAAUCAGAGGAUGCAACGCAAACCCGCCGAGGCAGAAGAUGUCCAGCUCCUGAAACACAACCAAAAACUGCGGGGGGUUACGAAUGGGGAGGAAUCUCGGUGUCAACCCGAUCGUCUAUCACAAGCCCAUCGCAGACCAAAACUGGUAGACGGGCUCAUAGCUCAGACAAAACCGGCCAUGAUCGAAUUGGAGGGCGAGAAGCGCACAAACGAGAUCACUGCACAACCAAGUCAGAGAGCCCUUCGAUCAAGGCAAACAUCCAAGAACACAUUUGACUUAACCCAAAGCUUUGAGCCCACUUCCCGAAGUCCAUCACCGAAACCUAAACCCAAGCUGUGGACUCAGGAGAACCCCGGUUGGGACAAGGAAUGGCGUGUCGACUUGUCUCAAUUUCGGACAACGAUUCAUAAGGGCGACAUUGGGCGUCUUGAGCAGGGCGAGUUGCUGAACGACAGCAUCAUCAGUUUUUAUCUGCAGUAUCUUCACGAAGCUGUGAGGAACAAGGAUGCUGAAAUAGCUAAGCGUUUCUACUUCCAAAGCUCCUUCUUUUGGGACCAACUCAAAUCGACACCUAACAAAAAGGGGAUCAAUUAUGAAAAGGUCAAAAGUUGGACCAACAGGGUGGACCUGUUCUCCUACGACUACAUUGUUGUGCCUGUCAAUGAGAAUUCUCACUGGUACGUGGCGGUUAUCUGUAACCCUGGUAAGUUACUGCCGGCGGACGAGAAAUGUCAGGACGCUUCUACGCCCAACGAUCCUCUCCGUGAGGCUCGCGCUUCUGCAGACGCGAUCGGCGUCUCCGAGUCGGGUCGCAUCACGAAUGGCAGUUCGCCUGAAGAGGUGCCAGUCGCGGCAUCUUCCCACUUGUCCCCUGGAACCGAGAUGUCCAACAACCUGGGCCGGUUAUCGUUAGGAAAACCAGUACAGGGCAAGUCAGACGGCACGACAGCAAUCUCGAUUGAUGAUGACGAAGAUGUGGGCCCGUCGUCGAGUCGCCAGGCAUCUGCGCCAAAGGACGGCGUGGAUGAUGAUAUCUGCCUGGUUACGAGCGAUUUGGAGCCUCACCGCAAGCCCAACAAGACAAAUGGUAAAGGUUCCGAUGUCAAGAGCAAGGAUUCUCCCGUGAUCACUGGGAAAGACCCUUGCAUCAUUACGUUCGAUUCGUUGGGCAGUUCCCACUCUCCAGUCUGUACGGCACUGAAAAAGUAUUUGGAGCACGAAGCCAAGCACAGGAAGGGGUUGGACAUCGAGAUGCCGAACAUGGGGCGGACCGCCAAGAACAUCCCACUUCAAGACAACUACUGGGACUGUGGCGUGUUCCUGAUGUCGUAUGUGGAGGCACUGAUGCGGAAUCCCGAGGAGUUCAUUCGGAAGGUUCUGCCGAGAAAGGCUGGGGCUGCUGAUGAGGAAUUGGCUUGCACUGUAGAUGCAGCGGCAAUGCGGAAGCUGAUACGAACUACCAUAUUGAAGCAGCAAGUCAUUUAUCAGAAGAAAGUGGAGGACGAGGCCGAGGCCAAGAGACUGCGAAAGCUGCGUAAGGCACAGAAAUCUGCCUCAGCAGGGGCUAGCAGUCCGCCUGCGCCUCCUUUAUCAUCUCAGGUAACAACACCAAGCAGCCCGGCGCCUGUGCCUUCAUCCCUCCCGGCACAGAGCGAGAAGCCUUUGCCGUCGAUAGAGAUCCCGUCAGCAUCUUCUAGGGCGGAUGAGUCUUCUGCGAGAUAG